AACUUCUACAAGGACAACAGCCAGAAAAGAAACCCAUGCCAGCUCCUACUGAGUUUCCUGGUUUCAGAAGUCCUGCUCUGAAAAGAGGCUUAAAUGUUGAACUUAUCCUUUGCCSUGCAAGCAUUUAGGAAGGCUGCCGACCGCAUCGUGUACAGGCAGUUUUGCUUCAAAURGAACUCAUGCACAAGGACUCAGCUUACUGAACUGUCAGAAAAACUCAUUUCUGCUUUAUUUCUUCCUUUCUGAGGUCAGUAAGGACAACGGAGAAGAUGCAUUCUUGUAGAAAUUUCUUCUGUGCUUGAAGAUUAAGUGUCGGGGCUCUUAUUUAGAAAAGUGUCCUUCCUAGUAGCUUUUGAAUCUGAGCUUCAAGCAGAAAGAGUUGCUGUUGAAGACCUGGGAAUGUGUGGUUAAAAAAACUCCUAAAUUAUUUGAAAUACAGAUGUCACUGACAUGAGUCCUAGUGACUUCCAAACUUAUAUCCCAAAUACUCCCUUCUUAAAGAAGACCUAUCGCCAUAAGAAAAGGAAAAGCUUGCUCAAAAAGUACAGGAUCUUUUCCUGCUGAUGUGGUCUGUAGAAAAGCCUGCCAUUGCCCCACCUGUCUUUGUAUUUCAGAAGGAUAAAGCACAGAAGUCCCCUGCAGAGCAAAAAGAUUUGUCGGAUUCAGGCGAGGACCGACAGGGAGAGGUUGAACCCCCCCACCAUGGUCGGGGUCGCACAGGAUCAGCUGGUGAGCGCGACUCUGAGCUUCCUGCUCCCGCUGGUGCCUCAGUCAGUGCUCCUCUGAGUCCCGCUCCUGAAGCCCAGCUUGCUCCUAUUCAACAAGAACUGGCAGGGAGAUCAGCGGAUGGCUCAAGUCCAGAAGAUGGAGAUGAUUCUGAUCGAGAGGAUGGAAACUACUGUCCCCCUGUAAAGCGUGAGAGAACUUCAUCUUUAACUCAAUUCCCUCCUUCCCAGUCAGUAACAAAGAACAACGUCUUUAUGCCAUCCAGCUUCUGUGAAACCUCUACAGGCAAUUCUGACUCAGAACCAGAGGAAAAGAGCAGUGGAUUCCGGCUGAAACCUCCUAUUCUCAUUCAUGGUCAGGCACCUAGUGCAGGUCUCCCGAGUCAGAAACCAAAGGAGCAGCAGCGCAGUGUGCUACGUCCAGCAGUAUUACAGGCACCACAGCCAAAAUCUUUCUCACAGACAGUCCUGAGCAGUGGGACCAAUGGUGUAAAUAUCUCGCCAGAUUCUGCAGCCACAUCAGAAUCACUAAGUAAUGCAACACCUAAAAGUUCCGACUCCGAAGACAAGGCAAGAGAAUGUCAAAAAAAAGAAUCUAACAACACUUCRGAUGAUGACAGCUGUGAGAAGGCAGAGCUCAAUGCACAGCAAGCGUUUGUGUUUGGGCAAAACUUACGAGAUAGAGUUAAGCUAGGAGAUGAAAGUGAUGAAACGGCUGAUGUGCAGAAUGCUGGCUUGCCAACAUCAGACACACCUUCUGCAACAAAUUAUUUUCUACAGUACAUCAGUUCUAGUCUAGAGAACUCUACAAACAGUGCAGAUGCAUCCAGCAACAAAUUUGUUUUUGGACAGAACAUGAGUGAACGAGUCCUAAGUCCACCAAAAUCAAAUGAUGGUAGUACAGAGAGUAAUAAGGAGAAYGCUGCUACGGAGUCUGGAUCUGAAUCAUCAUCUCAGGAAGCCACACCAGAGAAAGCUAAUAAUAUUUCAGAAUCACUGGCAGAGUCUGCAGCAGCCUAUACUAAGGCAACAGCAAGGAAGUGUUUACUGGCAAAAGUAGAAGUGAUCACUGGGGAGGAAGCCGAAAGUAACGUGUUACAGAUUCAAUGUAAAUUGUUUGUUUUUGAUAAAAACUCUCAGUCUUGGGUGGAAAGAGGCCGAGGACUUCUGAGACUCAAUGAUAUGGCGUCAACGGACGAUGGAACUUUACAGUCUCGACUGGUGAUGAGGACUCAGGGGAGUCUCAGGUUAAUCUUAAAUACCAAGCUUUGGGCUCAGAUGCAGAUUGACAAAGCCAGUGAGAAAAGUAUCCGGAUCACAGCCAUGGAUACAGAGGACCAGGGAGUUAAAGUUUUUCUUAUAUCAGCAAGCUCUAAAGAUACAGGGCAGUUGUAUGCUGCGUUACACCAUCGGAUCUUGGCUUUGCGAAGUAGAGUGGAACAGGAGCAAGAGGUCAAGAAUGUAGCACCUGAGCCAGAGGUAACACAAUCAAAUGAGGAAGACAGUGAUGAUGAUGUCAUUGCACCUUCAGGAGCCGUUGGGAGUGGUCCUAAUGAUGAAGGUGAUGGGCAGAAUGUGGGCAGCACAUAGCAGAAGUGAGUCGAUCUGCUUGCAAGGCUGCUAUGAACAUCAUCUUGCAGGCAACUCUCUGGAUACCCCAGGCCAGCUAUUGUUUCAGGCAGUGUUGAAAGCUCCAGGACUUAAGAACUGUGCAUCCCUGUUCUGUUUGUUUGUUUUUUU